GACACCACGCCGCGCGCCGACGCACCAGUCGCCACCAAACACCGCGAAGUCUCCGCCGGAGUCCACCACCCUCGCCGCGCCCGGCGCACAUUGGCUGCCGCGGAAUAAACAAAGGGCACGGCACGACCGCGGACCACCAACCACAACCCUCCCCGCGCCGGCCGCCGUUUCCCUUGACCCCGAGUCCAGGCGGGCACGCUCCCCGCACCAACUCCCCCCAAAACCCCCCCUCCCCUCCGAAGUCCAAACCCAGGCGAGGCGCCGUGGUGGAAUCGACCACUUUUCUCGGAGGCCGCAGCUCCUCUCCGCUCCAAGGGCCGCCGCGCUGCUCCCACCUCCCACCAACCCAACCCCUAGUCACCCAGCACGCCAUGGCCGACCGCCUCGCCGCCGCCGCCGCCACCUUCCGCGCCUCGGCCGUCGCCGCCCCGUCCGCCCGCCGUGGCGCGCGGGCCAGCCGCGCCUUCUUACCCAACUCGUCGGCCUCGCCAGCUGGCGCGCGCGUCGGCCUCCGCGCCGCGCCAUCUCGGCUCCCGCAGAAGGCGAGGGCGGUGAGGUGCGCGGCUGUGGCGGCGGCGUCCGACGCGGCGCAGCUGAAGGCCGCCCGCGAGGACAUCAGGGAGCUUCUCAGGACGACACAUUGCCACCCCAUCCUGGUCCGUCUGGGAUGGCAUGAUGCUGGUACGUAUGACAAGAAUAUUGAGGACUGGCCACAACGAGGAGGAGCUAAUGGAAGCUUAAGAUUUGAUGUUGAGCUGAAACAUGGAGCCAAUGCUGGCCUGAUAAAUGCUCUAAAGCUUAUCCAACCAAUUAAGGACAAGUACCCGGGUAUCACUUAUGCGGAUUUAUUUCAGUUGGCAAGUGCUACAGCAAUUGAGGAAGCUGGUGGCCCAAAGAUUCCAAUGACAUAUGGACGGGUUGAUGUUACAGGACCUGAGCAGUGCCCGCCAGAGGGGAAGCUUCCUGAUGCUGGCCCAACUUCACCUGCUGAUCACUUGAGGGAGGUAUUCUACAGAAUGGGCCUUGAUGACAAGGACAUUGUUGUCUUGUCUGGAGCACAUACACUUGGAAGGUCCAGGCCUGAACGGAGUGGCUGGGGAAAACCAGAGACAAAAUAUACCAAAAACGGUCCUGGUGCACCUGGUGGGCAAUCAUGGACACCUGAGUGGCUGAAAUUUGAUAACAGUUACUUCAAGGAGAUUAAAGAGAAAAGAGAUCAGGAUCUUCUGGUCCUACCUACAGAUGCUGCUUUAUUUGAGGACCCAGCGUUCAAGGUCUAUGCGGAGAAAUAUGCAGCGGACCAAGACGCAUUCUUUAAAGACUACACUGAGUCUCAUGCUAAACUGAGCAAUCUGGGUGCAAAGUUCAAUCCUCCACAGGGAUUCUCUCUGGAUGAUUAGUGCUGCACCUGAGACAGCCCGUGAAGCAGGCUCAUACUCUCCUAGAAAAGGAUCAAAGAAACACAUACAAUUUAUUGCUCAUCGUGCAAGAUGGAGUGGUCCCCAGAUUUUCAUGACGCAAGACGGAGUCUUUCAAUUUUUCUUGAUUUCGGAACCGAGCUUGCAAAUAAAUCGAAUAAAAGAACUGACACGGCAUGAAUUUCAGAGCCUUUGUGUGAUCCUCCGGAGUCGGGAUAGAGCUAUCUAAUCUGAUGUUUCAUUUCUCUUUCACAUAA